CAAGCCACAAUCCCUUCACUCUCCUAGUAGUCGCAGGAGGAGUAUAUAUAUUCUAUGCAAACCACGCCCCUCUCCUCAUCCCCACAUUCUCUCUCGUCUGUCUCCCUCCACCCCCGGCCACCCUCCUCUUCUUCCCUGUCCAUGUAAUUACUCCGUAUCCGCUUUACUUAACUCUUCCUCCUCCUCUCCUGCGUCUCACCACCACUCCGGCAUCCACCACCUCAGUCCCUUGGAGCUCGAAGAGUUUAGAUUUUAAUAUGAAGGACGACUGGGUCACCGCUGCGUUAUUCGAUGACUCCGUCGUGGCCGAGCUUCUUUCUCGUCUCAAGCAAUCUUCUUCACCUUCUUCCUCCUCCUUUUCCUGCCAGCCGCCCAAGCCGCUCUGCCUCCCGUUUGGAUGGGGCCACCGCCAGCCCAGGUCCAAGCCCACCGCCACCAAGAAGGACUCCACCACCAAUACUGCUCCUACUACCACCAGGUGUAGCCCCACCACGCCUCUCUCCUGGAGCGGCGGCGCUGCCUCCCCCAGCGACGGUGCCUAUGACGACUGCUCCACCCGCCCCCUGCUCUCCACCUCCUCCUCCUCCUCCGAUCCAUCCAGAUCCAAGGGUGCUUUUGCCAUUGACGCCGCCAACGUCUACAGUAACAACAAGAAAUCAAAGAAGAAGAGGACAUUCGCGGAGCUUAAAGAGGAAGAGGAUUUGCUAUUGAAGGAGAGAGUGACUCUUAAGAGGGAACUGGCAUCCUUGCACGUCACACUCGAGGAACAGAAAGCCAGGAGUGAGAACCUGAAGAGAUUCAAGAUUGACCUAAAUCUACAAACGUCAGGUGAGAUGUGCGGAACAACAGGGGGUGACGGACAGGUUGUGGAUCCUAUUAAGUGCAGUCAGAUGGAAGUAUCAACCGGUGACCACGCUCAUCAUCCAUCCAUGCCACGAUUUGCAGUGCAGGAUGGGUUUGUAUCAUCAGGUUCCAGCAGAGUAGAAACGGAUGUUGAUUUGCAGGAGAGUUGCUUUGUCCUACCUGAUUUAAAUGUGACGCCAUCAGAGGAAGAGUUUGGCCCUGAAGUUUUGCAUGCAAUUCAAUUGAAGGAAAAAAGCAAAUUUCCUUUUAUGUUCUGAAGCAAGGGGGCCAUGCUUUUUUACCAGUGGCCGUCUUGAUGCAUCAAAUAUAUAGCUGUUUCUGAACUUUGCUGAGGCAAAGGAGGUCCCUUGUAAAUUACUCUCUGAGAAAGAUCUUCUCGAAGCUGAUGAACGAGUGAGGAACAGAAGGUCCCAGUUUAUCUUCUCUCUGACCAAUUGUAGGAGGAGGCCGCUGAUGAGUCAUCAGCCCAGAAGGUCACACUGACUAGUUUAGAAAUUUAAUAGUAGUAUGCUUUUAGGUAUGUAGAAAAUUUUGACAUUUUGUAGAGGAUUUCUAAGUUUUUUCAUUUUUUUUUUCUUUUCCCCGGCGGGACUGACUGGGGAGGGCUGUAUUUGGUUUGGUGAAACUCUUGGUGUGGACCAAAUGCAGUAGAAAUUCUUUUUUUUUUUUUUU